AUGACGAAGCUAACACGGUUGCAGUAUGCAUUGGUCCUACUAAAUGUGAUUUUUCGACUAUACUCUGCAUUGUACAUGAUCAUUGGGGAUUGCGACGAGACUUUUAACUACUGGGAACCAUUGAAUUUACUACUUCGAGGCUUUGGGAAGCAGACAUGGGAAUAUUCGCCAGAGUUUUCCAUAAGAUCAUACGCCUACUUAGUACCAUAUUAUAUUGUUGGCAAAGCUUGUCAAUUUUUGGCUGGUGUCUCACCUGUGAAUAUAUUCUACGCCGUUAGGAUCGUGGCGCUUGCAGGUAUCACUAGUUUAUGCGAGCUCAAGUUUUUCGUCACGAUGAACCAGUUCUCUACCAGUGUCGCCAAUUGGUGCAUUUUUUUGAGCACAAUUAGUCCCGGGAUGAGCCAUGGUGGUGUUGCACUAUUACCUAGUUCGUUGGCUUUGCAAACCACGCUUUUGGCGAAUUCGUACUUGCUCUCUGCCACAAAAUCUGUUCAGAAUAAGAGCGUAGAGAGAAAUUUGAUAAAGGCCGUUGGAUGUUACUUUAUUGGUGGAAUUUUGGGAUGGCCUUUUGCUUUGGCGUUGGGUCUUCCGAUUGGGCUAUACAUUUUAGCAAGAAUUGCAAAACAAAGUACCAGUCCCUCGGUCUUGGUAAGUGUAUUUGUGGUUGCAAUUUCGAUUAUGGUUCCCGUGGUAUUGAUUGACUCUUAUUUUUUACAAAAGUGGGUCUUUAUUCCUGCAAACAUUGUUUUGUACAAUGUAUUUGGUGGCGACGGUGAAGGGCCUGAGAUAUUUGGAGUAGAACCAUGGACAUAUUAUGUGUUGAAUAUGGCGUUAAAUUUCCAUGCCAUUGUUCCCUUGAGCAUAGCAGGAACCUUGUUCAACCCGGUAUUCACCAACCUCAAAAAAUUUUCAUUGCUUGUCUCUUUGCAGUUGAUUAUUUGGUAUGCAAUCUUUUUCAGUCAACCUCAUAAGGAAGAAAGGUUCAUGUACCCUAUUUAUCCAUUGGUCUCAAUCCUGGCGGCAAUUUUCAUUUCCAAAGUAUUCAACGUUUUAAAGAAAAUAUCUGUGGCUAGACGCUUGCAAUUUGUGGCAAAGAUUGCCACGGUUUUGUUGUUGUUUACCAUAUCAGUGCUUAGAAUAUUUAAUUUAGUGGAGAACUAUGCUGCUCCUUUACAAGUGUUUUACAAAUUAGCACAGUUACCAUCUAUACCUGGAGACCUGGUGAAUAUUUGUAUGGGUAAGGAAUGGUAUCAUUUUCCCAACUCGUUUUUUUUGCCAGAUGGGUACAGAUUACAAUUUGUAGAAUCCGGGUUUGAUGGCUUGUUACCAGGUGACUUUUAUGAGCUGAAGAGUAUUGUUGAUUCUACUACAUUUGUCCCAAUGAAUAUGAACAAUAAAAAUAAAUUCGAGCCUGAUAAGGUGGUUGAUCUUGCUACUUGCGAUUAUUAUGUGGACAAUUCGCAAUCAGAAAGUACGCCUCAACUCCUUAACCCUGACUUGAGUGUUGAUAACGAGUGGGAUGUUUUGCAAUGCGAUAAAUUGCUCAACCCUCAUGGCUCGCAUAAUAUGCUUGGGAAGAUGCUAUACAUUCCUACACCUUUAAGGAAAUGGAUUCCUUACAACGUCGAGUAUAUGCAGUUUUGCAUUUUAAAGAAUAGAAUUGAAAAGCAACACCCUUGA